AUGACACUGAAACGCAUUCUGGUAAUCGCUGGCUCGGACAGUUCGGGUGGGGCCGGACUAGAAGCCGAUCAGAAGGUCAUCGCGGCCCAUGGCUGCUAUGCUAUGACUGCUACGACUGCAUUGACUGCGCAGAACACGCUCGGCGUACACGAUAUACACCACACGCCGCCGGACUUCGUGCGGAAGCAAAUUGACGCUGUUUGUGAAGAUGUUGGUGUGGAUGUGGUCAAGACUGGCAUGCUUGCCUCCCCCGAGACAAUCUUGAUUACUGCAGACGCUUUCAGGAGAUAUAAGAUUAACACCACUGUUAUUGACCCUGUAAUGGUGUCGACAUCGGGCUCACAGCUCCUUCCUGAAACCGCUAUCUCAACACUAAUUCAACACCUCCUGCCUUGCACUACACUUCUCACUCCGAACCUUCCCGAGGCACAGCUGCUGCUUAAAACCGCUGGCUUGAAUCUCUCUGAUCCUCAAAACGUCGAAGACAUCGUCUCUAUAGCACAUCAAAUCCAGUCACUCGGACCAAAAUGGGUAUUGUUAAAGGGUGGCCAUCUACCAUUGACACACGGCCGCGUAGUAACCACACAAGACAGCGAGAAAGAAGUUGUUUUGAACAUACUUGUAGGUGAUAGUGGAGUCACGAUACUGGAAAGCCCCUAUCUGCAGUCAAAAAACACGCAUGGAACCGGAUGUUCGUUAGCAUCCGCUAUUGCAUGUAAUUUGGCUAAGGGAAUGUCGAUGGUCAAGGCGGUGAAGAAGGCAAAUCUGUAUGUUGAAGCAGGAAUCAAGACAGCCGUCGACUUGGGACAGGGAAGUGGCCCAAUCAACCACUUCCAUUCAGUAUACAUGCUGCCUUUCACACCAGGGAAUUUUAUCAGUUACCUGCUGGAUCGGGAUGAUGUGCAAAAGCCGUGGAAAGAGUAUACUCAGCACGAUUUUGUGCAGAGUAUGGGUUCUGGGACAUUGCCAGUGGAGAAAUUUAUGUACUACCUGGUACAAGACUACCUUUUCUUGGUUCAAUUUGCAAGAGCGAACGCACUAUCUGCAUACAAGUCAAGCAACCUGAAAGAUAUCGGCCGCUCCGUGCAACAGGUCGUCACCCUCCAAGAAGAGAUACAGCUGCAUAUCGACUUCUGUAAAGGAUACGGACUGUCAGAAGCUGAUAUCAUCAACGAAGAAGAGGACCAAGCCACUACAGCAUACACACGCUAUGUCCUCGACAUCGGCAUGUCGCAAGACUAUCUCGCCUUACAGAUCGCCCUUCUCCCCUGCCUCAUCGGUUACGGUAUCAUUGCUAAACGUCUCUAUGAAGAUCCCAGCACUGUAAGGGUGGGAAGCAAGUACUGGAAGUGGAUUGAGCAAUACGUAGCAGAGGAAUACAGGGAGGCGAUGAUGAGGGGGAGUGAGCUGGUAGAGAGACAUGCCGAAGGACUAAGUCCGAGCAGAGUCGAAGAGUUAGCUGGCAUCUUCAUACACGCCACAAAUAUGGAGAGAGGCUUCUGGGACAUGGGCCUCAGAGCUGGCGAGGAAGGAAAUCUCCAGAUUACGAUACACACUCCCUCAGACUCGACCGGUUCCCCUUUCACACCAGUCCCUACAAAACACUCGCACAUCAUGUCUUACGGCGGCGGCGGUUACGGUGGUGGUGGUGGAGGAUACGGCGGCGGCGGCGGUCGCGGCGGUGACCGCGGCUACUCGAACGGGUACGAAAACAGCAAUGCUGGAUAUGAGUCUUACAACAACUCGACAAGCCACUAUGCAUCGUACGGUGGCGGCUACGGCGGCGGUUCCAACGGCUACUCCGGUGGUGGAGGCGGCUACGGAGGAGGUGGUGGUUAUGGUGGAGGCGGCUUUGGCGGUGGUCGCGAUGGCGGUGACCGCAUGUCGCAACUCGGCCAGGGCCUGAAGCAGCAAUCAUGGGACCUCGACACCAUGCCCAAAUUCGAAAAGUCUUUCUACAAGGAGGACCCCGCUGUUACUGCGCGUUCAGCCGCUGAGGUUGCCGAAUACCGCAAGGAGCACCAGAUGACCGUCAAGGGUGAGAACAUCCCCAAGCCCGUCACAACUUUCGACGAGGCUGGCUUCCCAUCCUACGUGAUGAACGAGGUCAAGGCUCAGGGUUUCGCAAAGCCCACUGCUAUUCAGGCUCAGGGUUGGCCCAUGGCUCUCUCUGGUCGCGACGUUGUUGGUGUUGCCGAGACUGGUUCCGGAAAGACGCUUACCUACUGUCUUCCUGCUAUCGUCCACAUCAACGCUCAGCCUCUGCUCGCCCCUGGUGACGGCCCUAUCGUCCUGAUCCUCGCCCCCACUCGUGAGCUUGCUGUCCAAAUUCAACAAGAGAUCAGCAAGUUCGGAAAAUCCUCGCGCAUCCGAAACACCUGCGUCUACGGAGGUGUCCCCAAGGGUCCCCAGAUCCGUGACCUUGCACGCGGUGUCGAGGUGUGCAUCGCCACACCCGGACGUCUCAUCGACAUGCUUGAGGCGGGCAAGACCAACCUCCGCCGUGUUACCUACCUGGUUCUCGACGAGGCUGACCGCAUGCUUGACAUGGGUUUCGAGCCUCAAAUCCGCAAGAUUAUUGGUCAAAUUCGUCCUGACCGUCAAACCUGCAUGUGGUCCGCUACAUGGCCCAAGGAAGUCCGCCAGCUUGCUGCCGACUACCAAAAGGACUGGAUCCAGGUCAACAUCGGUUCCAUGGAUCUGUCUGCUAACCACCGCAUUCAACAAAUCGUUGAGCACCUCGAGACUAUCAUGAGCGACAAGGACAACAAGAUUUUGAUCUUCACAGGCACCAAGCGCGUUGCUGACGAGAUCACCCGAUUCCUUCGUCAGGACGGCUGGCCGGCACUUUCCAUUCACGGUGACAAGCAGCAGAACGAGCGCGACUGGGUCUUGAACGAAUUCAAGACGGGCAAGAGCCCCAUCAUGGUUGCCACCGACGUGGCUUCCCGUGGUAUCGAUGUCCGCAACAUUACUCACGUGUUCAACUAUGACUACCCGAACAACUCGGAGGACUAUGUCCACCGUAUUGGUCGUACUGGUCGUGCUGGCGCUAACGGUACUGCCAUCACCCUCUUCACUACAGACAACUCCAAGCAAGCUCGUGAUCUCGUCCAGAUUCUCACAGAGUCCAAGCAGCAGAUCGAUCCUCGCUUGCACGAGAUGGCCCGCUACGGUGGUGGCGGCGGUGGUGGUGGUCGCUGGGGAGGUGGCCGCGGCCGUGGCGGAGGCCGUGGCGGACGUGGUGGCUGGACCGGAGGUAACAGCGAUCCCAUCCGCAACAGCCGCUGGUGA